UUGGGUUCAUUACUGCUCAAACAUGAAGAGUACAGUGAAGAAUAAUAAUAUAUGUUGAUAAUUUAAUUCCUCCUACAUAUUUUUCCACAUCUUUCUCAAGUAUGUCAGGCAGAAGUAAAAUAGGUUCCAUCCUUACCCUCAUCCCAGGGAAGCAGAGAUUUGGCAUCUACAGGUUCCUCCCAUUCUUUGUUAUUCUGGGAGGUGCCAUGGAAUGGUUCAUGAUCAAUGUGCGGAUUGGCAAGGAAACAUUUUAUGAUGUGUACAGAAGGCGGCAAUCAGAAAGACAAUAUGAACAAAAACUGGAAGAGAAAAUUAUCAAAACGACCCAACAAGGAGGAAAUUAAUUAAUUAAAAAAAAACAACAACAAAUUUAGUGGCUUUU